AUGGCAGAGGGGAGGCCGUGGCUUGCCAUUGCAGGCGAGGUGAGCAGCUGGGAGGGAGACAGGAGAAAGGCGGAGGAGGGUGAGGAAUCCGCGAGUGCAGGUGCAGGAGAGGCGGAGGCGGAGGGGAGGUCGUGCCCUGCCAUUGCAGGCGAGGUGAGCAGCAGGGAGGGAGUCUGGAGAAAGGGGGAGGAGGGUGAGGAAGCAGCGAGUGCAGGUGCAGGAGAGGAAGAGGAGGGGAUGCCGUGGCUCGCCAUUGUUGGCGAGGUCAGCAGCUGGGAGGGAGUCUGGAGAAAGGCAGAGGAGGGUGAGGAAGUACCGAGUGCAGGUGCAGGAGAGGCGGAGGCGGGGUGGGGGGGGGGCGUGGCUUGCCAUAGCAGGCGAGGUGCAGGAGAGGCGGGGGCGGACGGGAGGCCAUGGCUUGCCAUUGCAGGCGAGAUGAGCAGCUGGGAGGGAGACUGGAGAAAGGCGGAGGAGGGUGAGGAAGCAACGAGUGAGGUGGAGGAGAGGCGGAGGCGGAGGGAAGGCCGUGGCCUGCCAUUGCUGGCAAGAGUUCACGGCAGACGAUUCUACGAGGCGGCGCGUGCAGCGGUGGAGGGCGUGCUGCAGGGGGGGGGCGUGCCCAUGGCGGUGGGCGGCACGGGACUCUACCUCGCAUGGCUGCUGUGCGGCCUCCUCGCCACGCCCCCCUCGUGCCCCUCGUGCCCCACGCUUGAGCGCGCCAUGGCUGCCAAGAUCCACGCCACUGUCAUGCGCGCCCGGCAGGCCAGGGCUGCCAGGGGGGAUGAGCGGAGCAUAGUGGCGGGUGGUGGGGUAGACGAGGCAGCAGGUGGACGUGAGGGGGAUGCAGAAGAGGGAGUGAUGGAGGGACAGGCGUUAGUAGGCGACUCAGGGCAAGAGUGGUGGAAGGAUAAUGGUGGAGGAGUGUCCCGCAUCCAGCAGGCCAGGGACAGUGAGCCACUCAAAAUCGCCCGCACAACCAUCCCCUCCUUCCCUCUUUACCUCUUUUUCACUCCUCUUCACCUUGAUGACAAUUUUCCGUCCUUUCCACAUCACGCCCUUUUCAUCAGCGCCUCUGUAAGCCUCUGCCUGUCUCCCUCCCUCAGGCCGCAGACCGCUGCACCUUCCUCUCACCAUUGCCUUCGCCUACACCACACAAUGCCACGCGCCUUUCUCAACCCCACGGCACCCCUUCGUCCUCAUGCCUCCAUCUCUUGCCUUCCUUGCAUGCCCCAUCGCCCCGCGCCCUCACUCGUGCUCUCUCCGCCUGUGUGGCGGGCAAGCGGGCUGCUGGAGGAGAGCCUGGCGCUGCUGCGAGCAGGGCUGCAGCCCGACUGUUCGUCGCCCACACGCGUCAUCGGCUACCGCCAGGCCAUGUCCUUCCUGCUGCACUGCCAGCACCUCAUGGACAGCUGUACUCGGGUGCACUUGCUCAAUCGAUUCUUGCCUCCCCAUGAGGAGCUGGUGCGGAUGGUGCUGCGAGACUUUGAUGGGCCGACAGGUGGGGAGGGGCACGUAGGUGGGGAGGGGCACGUGGAUGUGGAGGGGAGGUUUGGGGCAAAGAGCGAAGGGGGGCUGGGUGGUGUUGGAGGAGGAGGGGGCAGUGCGGGGGCGUGUGAGAAGUUGUGCAUGGGUGGUGCACCAUGCCGGGCAGGCAGGUCAGGCCAGCCGUCCAUGCAGCUCACCGUGCUGCCGUGCCUCCCCAAUGUGGAUUUCACAGGAUCUACUGCGACCAGCAUGCCAUCGCUGCCACGGUGGCGUGGAUUUGAGCCAAUGUCACGCCGCACCAACAAAGCUCACACAGCGAGCAAGGCAAUGCUGUUGCUGCAGGUGUGCUCGUUACAGAGACAUGAGAAGCCACAUCACAGCCUGCUGUGA